UAUUGAGAUAUUUUCAUUCAAAGAUUCUAUUUUUACUCAUUAAAACACUCUUCGGGACGUCCAAAGGAACUCGAAUAAGUUUCAUUCAAAACUCUCAUUUUCUUACAAUAGGGAUUUUAUUUAUUUAUUUUUGUUUUUUCGUUUUCUUGUAUCUACGAAACAAAAGCCUUCUCUCCCCCAAUCUCUCGUUUACCCUAAAACCAAAUGUUCAUUUCCUACAUAAGGUCCAUCUAUUUGCAGCAGUCCCUCCAUCCGCCCUCUCUCUCUCUAGACUUUCUCGCUCUAGACACUCUCUCUCUCUCUGUUUUUCUCCCUCUCUUUGGUUCAUUGCACAAUGAAAAUUUUAUAUUCUACAUGCAAAAAUUCAUAAAUUAAAAAAAAAAAAAAAUUGUGUUUCAACAAUCCCAUUUUGAUGAGAUUUCACUAGGAUUUACAGAGCAAAACUGGGUUUGUCGAUGGCAGACAGCAGUUUUGACUGCGCAGCCUCAAACCUUCUCUGUACGGAAACCAACAAGUCGUGGUUUGAUGAUCUUGAUUCAGUGGCCACAGAUGACCAAACCCAUCAAACAUAUGAUCCAAACAUGGUCUCUGGCAUUGAUAGAUCAGAGCCAUUGAUGGGUUUACCAUUGCUGAGUGAUGAGAGUUUCGAUUUACUGGCUGACAGAGAGAGAAUGCAUUUGCCCAGAGACGAUUAUCUCAAGAGAUUAAGAACAGGGGAAUUGGAUUUGGGCGUGAGAAGAGAGGCUUUUGAUUGGAUUUUGAAGGCUCAUGCCCAUUACAGUUUUGGACCGUUGAGUGCUUGUCUAUCAAUGAACUACUUGGACCGAUUCCUAUCAGUUUAUGAACUGCCUAGAGGUAAAACUUGGACAGUGCAAUUGUUAGCUGUGGCCUGUUUAUCACUAGCAACCAAAAUGGAGGAGACUAAAGUGCCUAUUACUGUAGACCUACAGGUAGGAGAGCCCAAGUAUGUGUUUGAAGGUAAAACAAUACAAAGAAUGGAGCUGCUGGUGUUGAACACCUUGAAUUGGAGAAUGCAAGCUUGCACUCCUUGUUCCUUCAUAGACUACUUCCUUAGAAAGAUCAAUGGUACUGAUCAACUUCCAUCAGGACCAUUGAUUUCUAGAUCAAUUCGACUCAUAUUAACCACAAUCAAAGGGAUUGACUUCUUGGAAUUCAGGCCUUGUGAAAUUGCCGCAGCAGUGGCAUUGUCUAUUUCAGGAGAAAUAAAAGCAGUAAACAUUGACAAGGCAAUGUCUUGUUUCAUGCAUUUAGAAAAGGGGAGAGUAUUGAAGUGUGUUGAAUUGAUACAAGAUUUGAUAUUGAAUAGUGGUGGUUGGAGUAAUGUGGGGACUGGUGGUAAUGGCACAAUUACAACAGUACCCCAAAGCCCAAAUGGGGUGUUAGAAGUGGCAUGCUUCAGCUUGAGCUACAAAAGUGAUGAUAUGACAGUUGGGUCAUGUGCAAAUUCUUCAUCACAACAUCACAAUAGUCCAAACAGUAAGAGGAGAAAAUUUGACGUACUAUCUCAAUCUCAAGUGGACAACAAGUCAUGAAAUGUGGAAAUUUUUUUUUUUUUUGUGGCCUCUCGCACCAAAGUCCAAUCAAACAGUUUGGUGGAAUAGGAGUUUUGGUGUGGUUUUUGAAAGAAAGAGAGAGAGUGGUGUCAUGCUUUUAGCAUGUAGAGAAAGUCUCACCUGCUGCCAAUAAUCAGAGGUCACCACAGGUAGAAGGUGGAGAAGAACAUAAAUUUGGAGGAUCCAAAUAUGAUUUUUUUUUUUUUUUGGGUUAAAAUGAUCCAAAUAUGUUGUGUCUAGUUAAAAUACAGUUUUUUUAUUUUUAGCUUCAAUUUCAACUGAAAAAAGAAAAGGAGAUUAUGGUAAAAGAGCAGAGGAACUGCCUGGCUCAUCCAAAAAAAAAAGUGGAGAU